ACCCUUUAUACCAGAAAGCUGGCGGGCACUAUGGGGAAAAAACAAAACAAGAAGAAAGUGCAGGAGGUGCUAGAAGAAGCGGAAGAAGAAUAUGUGGUGAAAAAAGUUCUCGACCGUCGAGUGGUAAAGGGCAAAGUGGAGUACCUCCUAGUGUGGAAGGCGUUUUCAGAUGAGGACAACACAUGGGAGCCAGAAGAAAACCUGGAUUGCCCCGACCUCAUUGCUGAGUUCCUGCAGUCACAGAAAACAGCACACGAGACAGAUAAAUCAGAGGGAGGCAAGCGCAAAGCUGAUUCUGAUUCGGAAGAUAAGGGGGAGGAGAGCAAACCAAAGAAGAAGAAAGAAGAGUCAGAAAAGCCACGAGGCUUUGCCGGGGGUUUGGAAUCAGAGCGGAUUAUUGGAGCUACAGACUCCAGUGGAGAACUCAUGUUCCUGAUGAAAUGGAAAAACUCUGAUGAGGCUCACCUGGUCCCUGCCAAGGAAGCCAAUGUCAAGUGCCCACAGGUUGUCAUAUCCUCCUAUGAGGAAAGGCUGACGUGGCAUUCCUACCCCUCCGAGGAUGAGGACAAAAAAGAUGACAAGAAUUAA